GUUGCAUUGACGUAUAAUGUAAUUCGUCUGCAGUUAUAGACAUUACCGGUAUUAUUAUAAUGAUAGUAAAGGAAAUUGGAGCUGCAGUUCCAGGGAAUGGACACACAGAGGCGCUGCCUCGUCAAGGUUGCAAACGAGUCAAAGGUAAAAUCCGAAAUCGUUUGAACAACUUUGUCGCUUGGUGAUGCACGGAAGGCAGUCAGUAGAAGAAAAGAUGCAAUAAAGCGCGCGUCGACGGCGUACAAUUGAAGGGGGGCGGUCUCGUUGGCUGUGACGUCAUCAGGGCUCUGAGGGUCUUCUGCGCCUCAGUGUCGCCGGACGAGCACCGAGAGAGGACGCGCAUGUUUUUGACGACGACGUAGAACAUGGACGCCUUUUAGGAGGGAAAAGAAACCCAAACUCCAUUCUGAAGUAAGGUUGCUUUCGUGAUGCGUUCGCGGGCCUGAAGACGACCUCCUCCAAGGUUGACGGCCCAAUGCUGAGCUUCUAAAGCAGCGCCUCAGCCGUGGAAUUAUGGGUAACCGGGUGAGCGACAUGUCGCCCACCGGCUCCUUCCUGCCCAGCUUCCAGCGCGUGCACGUGGUGGUGAUCGGGCUGGACUCUGCCGGGAAGACCUCCCUGCUCUACAGGCUAAAGCUGAAGGAGUUUGUGGAGACCAUCCCCACCAAGGGCUUCAACACGGAGAAGGUCAAGGUGGCGGUGGGCGGCUCCCGGGCCGUCACCUUCCAGGUGUGGGAUGUGGGCGGCCAGGAGAAGCUGCGUCCUCUUUGGAAGUCGUACACGCGACGCACGGACGGGCUGGUCUUUGUGGUGGACGCCUCUGAGACGGAGCGCAUGGAGGAGGCCAAGGUUGAACUACACAAGAUCAGCCGCAGCUCAGAGAACCAGGGCGUGCCUGUGCUGAUCCUGGCCAACAAGCAGGACCUGGACGCGGCGCUCCCGGCGGGCCAAGUGGAGAAGCUGCUGGCCGUGCACGAACUGAGCGCGUGCACGCUGCACCACGUGCACAGCUGCAGCGCCGUGGACGGUCAGGGGGUGCAGCAAGGCCUGGAGAAACUCUAUGACAUGAUCCUGAAGAGGAAGAAGCUGGUCAAGCACAGCAGGAGCAGGAGGAGAUGAAGACCCGCCCGGUCCACCUUAAGGAAGCACAAUCCCACCUGGCCUCCAAAGUCCCAGGCUCGGCACAAUGAAGGAUCACAGGAAAGUCCCAAGCAGUGUUGACAAAUAAAGCUAAUCUUUAGUCUUCCAUAAGUACUUUUUCCUCCUACAUCCCUGCUAAUCCCUGCACGGUCCGAUAACACUCAACGUCUGCCGUCAUUGAACCUGGCAGUCAUACAUGUAUGAUGUUCACGUGGCAGGAAACGCAACAGACCAUUGUUGGCUCGCACAGACCAAACAAGUCGAGCUCGGAGCUGCAAGAAUGCCUGGAUACGCUUUGUCUUGUUGUGGGUCACACUAUUUUUUGAAACUAAUCAAUUGACACGUACAUGGCCGCACACUACUAGUACCACUACUACUAGUACUAGUACUAGUACUAGAAAUUGUAUCUUUUUGUAACAAGGGUGAAUGAAUAAAUCAAAGCACUACACGGUC